AAUCCAAAGGCCAAGAGUUAUUUAAAAAAUAAUAAAACCCCAGCAAAAAUAAUAAUAAUAAAUCCAUCCCAAAAAAGGCAGAAAGGUUUGCUGACUGGUUUUCUCUAUUCAAAGACUGCAACUUUCUCUCUUCCCCUCCUUCCUUCCCUCCCUCCCUCCAUCGCCGCACAGAAAUGGAAGACGCAGAACACCUUCUCGCUACAAUAACGCCUUCACAGGAGGAGAAGCUACGGAGCUGCGAUUUCGCCGGAGCCUUCCCGGAGAACUCCAACUCAGUUUCGUCUUCCCCGCCGCGGACGCCGCCGCCGCAGAGCGGUUCAGCUGGCCGAACCACCUCCCAACCCUAUCUCUCCGGAUCCGAAAACCCUAGACCGAAUGGCAAGGAGCAGGUGCGCAUUGAGGUGAUGGAUUUGGAUUCCGAUUCCGAUUCCGAUGGCAACGAGGAAGGGUUGAUCAGGAAGAAGAAAACAGCGCCGGAGCCUCGCCGGAGAGAGUCCAAUGGCUGUUUGGGGAAGCGAAAAUUGCCGGCGUCAAUGGGGGGAUGUGAGAAGGCUAGUGAUGGCGGCGUGAAAAUUGGGGGUUUUAAGGACUUGAUGGAGGUUUUGCAAGGCGUGCUUGAGAAGGCCAGUGAUGGCGGCCAUGGCGGCGGAGAGGGUUUCAGUUUAUUGGAGACGGCUGAGAGGCAUGGUUGGGAAUUUCCCCGGCCCCGGUGGUGGCCACCGGAGGGAUUUUAGGAUUAGUUCUAACUCGAAAUGAAUCUGGAUUAGUAUUAACACUUUUUUGCCAUUAGUAUGUACUUUUUGGAUCAAUAUGUA